AAAUAUUUAGAGAUGUGUUAUAGGCGGAGACAGAAUCAAAAAGCUCUAUUAAUGCAUUACCUUCGCCUCAAACUAUAGAAAAUUUUAAACAAGAUGAUGGCCAAGAUUAUUUCACGACACGUUCCAUUUUUUAUAAAUUGCCGCUUAAUUUGGGCCCUCCCAAUCGUAAAUCUUAAACUCUAACCCUAUUAUCGCACAGGUCAACGCUACGAUAACGCUACGAUAAUUUUAUUUUCUACCAGCAUAUCAUAAUUAGCAGUCGCUCGAAUCUUACAGCCAGGGCCAGUCAAAAUGUCGCGCUUCAAGUUAUUAUUCAUAAUAAGUAUCGGCUUCCCGUUAGUUUUCAGUCAAUGUACUAAAGAACGGGCUGAAGUACUGUUCAGAAGAUCUGUUUAUGAGUUUUCCAUAGAUCUGCUGUCAAGGAUAGCAGAAGAUACAGACGGCCACUUUGUGUCCUCGACGCUGUCUCCUUGGUCUCUACUAACUACGAUAUCAUUAGGCGCCACAGAUGAAACACUCGCAGAAUUGAAAAGGGUUUUACUACUGCAUGCGCACAAAUGUUUCAACAACAAAUACUUGGAGCUCGUCAAACAAGUUACAUCCACCGAUUCUGGAGCGACGCUGGAAAGAAGCUCUUCAUUAUUUAUCGAUGGCUCUAUGGAAUUGAAGGAGAAUUUCAGACAAAAAAUAACAAAAACGGGAGUAUGCGCCAUAAAGCCUCUUAAUUUUCAAGAUUUCAAUGCCGCCGCUGCAGAGAUAAACUUCUAUGUUAAACAAGCCACUCAUGGUGUUGUCGAAGAUAUUGUCACUCCAAGUGAUCUAGAAGGUGUCUACCUUACAUUGAUCGACGCUUUAUAUUUUAAGGGCACGUGGACAAAAUCUUUCUCUUCAGCAGACACAGAGCAAAGUACUUUCUACGAUGCACGUAAGAAUGCUAUCGGGGAUGUCAAUUUGAUGUUCAUUAACAGCGAGUUUAAUAUGACUUCGAUUAAUAAGAUACGUGCUAAAGUAUUGGAGCUUCCGUAUGGUAGUAGUGGCAGGUUCUCUAUGUUACUUUUCUUGCCUAAUGAUGACGUUACCGUCUACAACGUGAUCGAUUCACUGAAGACUAUCAGUUUGGCCACAAUUUUUAAUCUCUAUAAGCGAGAAGGAACGAAGACCGUUUUAGUGCAAAUUCCAAGGUUUAAAAUUUCAUCUGAUCUAGACAAUUUAAAAGAACUGUUAGUGGAUAUGGGUGUCCGCGAUGCCUUUGAUAGUGCUCGAGCAAGGUUUCCCGAUAUAUCCGACUAUCAAAUGUAUGUAUCAAGUUUUAUACAGAAAGCUGAUAUAGAAGUUACUGAGGAGGGAACUGUGGCUGCAUCAGCUACCGAAUUAGGCUUAUCUGCCAGGACUAUAAUUAUACCCGAGGAAUUUGUAGCAAACAAACCUUUCAUCUUUAUGGUGGUCGACAGAUUGACUGAAGUGCCAAUUUUCAGUGGUGCAUAUUCGACACCUACUGUUUACUAAUUGCCAAGAGAAUUUUUAUUUUUUAUAAUUAUUUUGUAUCAGUAUCCGUUACGUUAAUUUAUCGAUUAAAAUUGUUCAAUGUUUAAUGUUAAUAAUAAUUGGAUUCAAAUUAUGCUUUGAUAAUUUAUUACUUCACUAAAACAGUGCAGAAAACCAAGGUAUAUUAUAAAUAUAUUACCAGGACAAGGUCUUAUGUUGGACUGAAAAUAUGAGUAAAUUAUAGUGGUGAAACAUAAUUAACUAAAUCACUUUUUUGAAAAAGCCGUCUUGUAAACCAAAGUACAUUACAUAUUUGCUUUGUUUUGCAAGACGGAAAUUUACUAUAUUUAUCAAUAAAAAUCAAAGUUACAGUUUAAAUUUGCGAAACCGCAUCAUAGGAUUCCUUUUAUUUUCACCCACACUUAAAAUUACUU